AUGGAGCAGCUGGAGGAGCCCUUCCUGAAGGAGCCCUUUCCAUCCCACAGUGCCCUGGUGGCGCCGGCCUCCCGCCUCGGCCUAGAGGAGCAACACGUGCCACACGGGCAGGAUGGGUUUAGUGUGCCACCUCAGGUCAACCCGACCCUGAAGGAGGCCAUCAGCGAGGAAGAGAGCCUCCGGAUCCUGGUGGGGACAGAAGGCGAGAGCUUCCCCUUGGAGGAAGUGGGCACAUGUGAGGCCCCUGAGCAGUGGGACUUUGUGCUCGUGGCUGCUCACCCCAUCCAGAAGAACCCGGAGGAGAAGAGGCGGCUGGAUGGGUUCCUGGAGGAGCUCAGGAGAAAGGGCUUUGACUUGAAGGAGAGAGAGGGCCAGAAUCGGGUGUUCUUUGGGAUCCGAGCCGACAACAGCAUCUUUGAGCUGUACCGCACCCUCCUCAUGGAGCCUGACAGUCCUGCCCCUGGAGUUCCGCUGGCCAGGCCGCCCUCUGUCCCAGACACCACGAGAAUCCGAAUUGUAAACUUCAUCUUGAGCACYAUGAAGACGGCAGCUGGUGACACUUUUGAGAAUUUGCAGAACGACGGGAUCUUUGAGACCARGUUCCCACUGCACAAGGGGGAGGAGAGUCUGAAGAAAAACUGGGCCCGAUGGAGAAACCUGGCACGCAGGCAGCCCAUYGAUGACAUCAGGAACUACUUCGGGGAGAAGGUGGCUCUGUACUUUGCCUGGCUGGGCUGGUACACCUACAUGCUGGUGCCCGCYGCGCUGGUGGGCCUCCUCGUCUUCCUGAGUGGGUUUGCCCUGUUUGAUGCCAGCCAGAUCAGCAAGGAGAUCUGCGAGGCCCAGGAUAUCCUCCUGUGUCCCCUUGGCCACCAGAGCCGCAGCUUCCAGCCGCUCUCCAGCACCUGCACGUUUGCCAAGCUCACCCACCUCUUCGACAACGAGGGCACCGUGCUGUUCGCCAUCUUCAUGGCUCUGUGGGCCACCGUGUUCCUGGAGAUCUGGAAGCGGCAACGAGCCCGCGUGGUCUUGCACUGGGACCUGUACGGGUGGGACGAGGACCAGGAGGAGAUGGCGCUCCAGCUCAUCAACUGCCCCCACUACCAGCUCCGGCCGCACCAGCACUCUUACCUGCGCAGCACCGUGAUCCUGGUCCUGUCUGUGUUGAUGAUCUGCCUCAUGAUUGGCAUGGCCCAUCUGCUGGUGGUCUACCGUGUGCUGGCCGCUGCCCUCCUYGGCACACUGCCCUUCUUGGAGAACCAGGUGACCACGGCUGUGGUGGUGACCGGGGCCCUGGUGCACUACCUGAUCAUCGUCGUCAUGACCAAGGUCAACAGGCGAGUGGCCCUGAAGCUCUGUGAGUUUGAGCAGCCCCGGACCUUCUUGGAGCUGGAGAGAAAGUUCACCAUCAGGUUCUUCAUCCUGCAGUUCUUCGCCCACUUUUCCUCCCUCAUCUACAUCGCCUUCAUCCUGGGCAGGAUCAAUGGUCACCCUGGGAAGUCCACGCGCCUGGCUGGUCUGUGGAAGCUGGAGGAGUGCCAUCUCAGCGGCUGCAUGAUGGACCUGUUUGUGCAGAUGGCUAUCAUCAUGGGUCUGAAGCAAACACUGAGCAACUGCAUGGAGUACCUGCGCCCGUGGCUGGCCCACAAGUUCCGUUUGAUGACAGYCUGCGCACGCAGCCAUCGGCCCUAUGAUCCCCAGCUCCAGGACUGGCAGCGCAACUACCUACUGAACUCUGUCACCAACUUUAGCCUGUUUGACGAGUUCAUGGAGAUGAUGAUCCAGUACGGCUUCACCACCAUCUUUGUGGCCGCCUUCCCCCUGGCUCCGCUGCUGGCACUCUUCAGCAACCUAGUGGAGAUCCGCCUGGAUGCCGUCAAGAUGGUCUGGCUGCAGCGGCGCCUGGUGCCACGCAAAGCCAAGGACAUCGGGACCUGGCUGCAGGUGCUGGAGACCAUCGGUGUUCUGGCCGUCAUUGCCAAUGGGAUGGUCAUUGCCUUCACCUCUGAGUUCAUCCCCCGAGUCGUCUACAAGUACCGCUAUGGCCCCUGUCGACAGGGGAAUCACUCUGCAGAAGACUGCCUCAAGGGUUACGUUAACCACAGCCUGUCCGUCUUCUACACCAAGGACUUCCAGGACCCUGUUGAGACAGAGGGCUUUGAAAAUGUGACCGAGUGCAGGUACCGGGAUUACCGCAAUGCACAGGACUACAACUUCUCAGAGCAGUUCUGGUUCCUCCUGGCCAUCCGCCUUGCCUUCGUCAUCCUCUUUGAGCAUGUGGCCUUGUGCAUCAAGCUUAUUGCCGCGUGGUAUGUGCCUGAUGUUCCCCAGUCGGUGAAGAACAAGGUUCUGGAGGAGAAGUAUCGGAUAUUGCGGGAUAAGAUGGGCUCCAGCUCCAGCUCCAGCUCCAAGAGCACAGAUGUGUAG